AUGAAGCCCAAGUACGGUACUUUACCUUGGUCAGGUAUGAUGCGUAUCCGUAAGAUACCUACUUACUUACCCAAAAGCGAGCCUGGCUUGUUUAGGAAAGUGAGACAAGCCCAAGUCACACCGAGCUCCCAGCACCAACCACUUACCACCCGCCGCCGUCUCAUCAAGGAUGCGAAGCCCUUCUCCGACUUCCUUAUCGAUACCUUCCACCGUCAGCACGAUUACCUCCGCAUAUCCGUCACGGAACGCUGUAACCUUCGCUGCCUCUACUGCAUGCCCGAAGAAGGCGUGCCGCUCUCCCCGACAAAGGAACUUCUCACCACCCCGGAAAUAGUCCUCCUCUCCUCCGUCUUCGUCUCCCAGGGGGUCACCAAGAUCCGCCUGACGGGCGGCGAGCCCACGGUGCGGCGCGACAUCGUCCCGCUCAUGCACCAAAUCGGCGCCCUCCGGCCCCACGGCCUCCGCGAGCUGUGCCUCACCACCAACGGCCUCUCCCUCCACCGCAAGCUCGACAGCAUGGUUGAGGCGGGGCUCACCGGCAUCAACCUAAGCCUCGACACCCUGGACCCGCACAUGUUCCAGAUCAUGACCCGACGCAACGGCUUCGACGCCGUCAAGAAGAGCAUCGACCGCAUCUUUGCCCUUAACAAGGCCGGCGCGGGCAUCAAGUUCAAAAUCAACUGCGUCGUCAUGCGCGGCCGCAACAACGCCGAGAUCGGCCCCUUUGUCGAGAUGACGCGCGACAAAGACGUUGAGGUUCGCUUCAUCGAGUACAUGCCCUUUGACGGCAACAAGUGGAACAAGGGCAAGAUGCUGGGCUACGCCGAGAUGCUCGACGUCAUCCGCGAGACGUACCCUACCUUGGCCAAAGUCGAGGACCACAAGAACGACACGAGUAAGACGUGGCACGUCCCCGGGUUCGCGGGCAAGAUCGGCUUCAUCACGAGCAUGACGCACAACUUUUGCGGGACGUGCAACCGGCUGCGCAUCACGAGCGACGGGAACCUCAAAGUGUGCUUGUUCGGCAACACGGAAGUCUCGCUGCGGGAUAUUCUUCGGAAAUCCAACGGUGGCGAGCCCAUUGACGAAGCGGCGCUCGAGGCGAUGAAGCAGAUUGAGAUGGACCGCCGGCAGGGGCUGGCGGACGCUGGGAAACCGCUGGGCACGGCGCUGAACGAGGCGGAGCUCCUGGACGUCAUUGGUAUGGCUGUGAAGCGGAAGAAGGAGAAGCAUGCGGGUAUCGGGGAACUGGAGCACAUGAAGAACAGGCCGAUGAUCUUGAUAGGUGGCAAGGCCAACAAGACAGAAGAGCCCCCCAAACCAUUCCUAACGCACAUCUCCCCUACAGGCUCAGCCCAUAUGGUCUCCAUCGCCGCCAAGUCACCCACCGCCCGCAUCGCAAAAGCAGCCUGCACGAUAACCUUCUCCUCCCCGUCCCCCAUCAACCUCAUCCGCGCCUCCCAGAUGAAAAAAGGCGACGUCCUCGGCACGGCGCGGAUCGCGGGCAUCAUGGCCGCCAAGCGCACGCCCGACAUUAUCCCGCUGUGCCACCCGAUCCUGCUCUCCCACAUCGGCGUCGAGGUCGAGCCGGCCAGCGAGGCUGACGACGAGACGGUGAUUUGUGUCGAGGCGACGGUUGAGUGCGAGGGCAAGACCGGGGUCGAGAUGGAGGCUUUGACGGCUGCUGGGGCGGCGGCGAUGACGGUGUAUGAUAUGUGUAAGGCUGUAGAUAAGGGGAUGGUGAUUGGGGGGUUGAGGGUUGUCUUGAAGGAUGGGGGGAAGAGUGGCCGGUGGGAGAUGCCUUGA